CACUCGCCACUCUCCACCUAAUUCCCAUUGACUUCAAUCCUCCCCCAAAAAUUUAAAAGUCAAACAUGGUCAGCACCACCAUCCUCGACGCUCUCAACGUCCGCGUCGUUGGCUCCGGCGAUAAGUACGUCGUCUUCGCCCAUGGCUUCGGCACCGACCAGUCGGCCUGGCAGCGCGUUCUUCAGUACUUCACGCCAUACUACCGCGUCAUUCUCUACGACCUCGUCUGCGCCGGCAGCGUCAACCCGGACUACUUCGACUUCCGCCGCUACACCACCCUCGACGCCUACGUCGACGACCUCCUCAACAUUCUCGACGCCCUCGGCGUCAACCGCUGCGCCUAUGUUGGCCACUCCGUCUCUGCCAUGAUCGGCAUCCUCGCUUCCAUCCGCCGCCCCGAACUCUUCUCCAAGCUCGUACUCAUCGGCGCUUCCCCGAGGUUUCUGAACGAUCGAGAUUACCAUGGAGGAUUCGAGCAGGAGGAGAUUGAGAAGGUGUUUUCGGCAAUGGAGGCCAAUUACGAGGCAUGGGUCCAAGGCUUCGCGCCGCUGGCCGUUGGGGCCGACGUCCCGACAGCGGUCCGAGAAUUCAGCCGCACCCUGUUCAACAUGCGACCCGACAUCUCGCUUUUCGUGUCUCGAGCCGUGUUCAACAGCGAUUUGAGGGGAGUUUUGGGGCUGGUCCGAGUGCCGUGCUGGAUAAUCCAGACGGCGAAGGACGUGUCCGUGCCGGCGUCGGUGGCGAACUACCUGAGGGAUCACCUGGGUGGUCGGAACACGGUGGUGAUUCUGGAGACGGAAGGGCACUUGCCCCAUCUGAGCGCCCCGGGUUUGCUGGCUCGGAAGCUUCGCCACGCCCUUGCGUCGUAGGUGGGGCCCGCCGGAGGGGAGGACUAGCUGAGAGCCUGCGAGGCGGGGUCAAGCGAGGGAGGUAAUCAAGCAAUAAGCAUGGAGAUGGCGACACGUGGUCCAAUACCUGUGGACAUUAGUCCUUUUGGUGCGAAAGCUGCGAAACUAGUUUCGGAAGGAUAAGAAUCUCCACGUGAAUGUCACGUGAUGACGUAGCCUUCUUUUGUCAGUUGGCAAUGGCCCAAUAAUCCUCUUUUUCUUCUUCCAUUGUUCUUGUGCUUCACGAUUUUUCUUCUUUGCGUUGGAAUCUUUGCUUUAAUUCUGCAAUUGUACUCGACUUCUUAUAUCCACUUUUUUCCUUUUCACUUUUUAAAA